AUGGUUCGCCGUCUUGAGGUCUUCAAGACGGGGCCCCGUCUGCAACUCCGUAGGAGACCACCAGCACUCCGCAAGCUCCUGACUGACCAGCCCCUUUCUACUCCCCUCCUCAUCUAUCCUCCGCCUUUCUCCUGCGCCCCUCACUCCCUCUACUCUCUGCUCUACUUAACUCUUACCCCACGGUCGAAAUUCCCACAGACCGCCCAUCCAAGACAAAGCUUCGUCUGCAACCCCGCAGGAGGCCACAAGGUGAGUGGCCCACCCCCGGUUAGCCAAAUAUUGCUCUGCUACCCUAACUUUUGCUAGUUCUUGCUUGUUAGUUUUCGUCUGUCUGUUUAUGUUUGCCCUUAGUGCAAGCGAAAUGUCGUUUUGUUGAAUGCCCUUCUGUUGUAUUUUUCUGUUCACCGUUUAUAUUUCAGUAACCAGCUAGCUUAGAGGGAGACGGGAAACUAUGCUCCCCAUCUCUCUACAUUUCCCCCAUCCCACCCACUACCCACGCCAGGCUAACUCGGGUCUUUCUCCCACUAAACAAAGUCGUGGCCCAUAGUGAAGUUCGACAGCUGUCUGGGAUAUCUGAGCAGCCCUAUUUAGAGAUAAAACUGCUCACGCUCGCGAAGGGGAAGGGCCAGGAGCGGUGCCCCAGACAAAUGCUGGGAUCACGUCCUCUGCACACGGACCGUGGCGAGCAGACGCAAAACACACGGUCGGAACAACCAAACAAAAAACAACACUCUCUCUUCCCCGUCCUACUCCCCGCCACCUGCUGAAAGGCAACCCGAGCUGCCGAAGCCUGAACUAAAGGAUUGCUGAAAUGACUACAAAUAUACUACUAACAGGAUUUCAACAGAUCAUUUUUAAGCGGCAAAUUUAACUCAUAUGGAAACCUUUACAGUCCAAAUGCGGUGAACAAAGUUUUUCGCAAUUAUUUCGUGAAUACCAUACCCCUUUCGCCUUUAUGUUAACUUAUUAGAUUUAUGAAUUCUCCUUACUAAAACUGCAAGGAAAAGUUUUGCAAUUUAACUAUGUUCCCUUAUAUCUGUAUCCUCUAAAUGGAGUUUUCAAGGCUUCUGUCAUUUACUCCAAAUAUACUGAUUGAUACUGACCCCACUCCACAAGCUGGUAAUGAGUCCGCUCACCCUGACAGCCUGGAAUUUUCGUUCCUUUUUAGACAGUCUAAGGAACAACCAACCGGAACAGAGGACAGCACUAAUGGUUCGGGAACUGGCGCGCCACAAGGUGGACAUCGCUGCAAUCAGCAAGACCCGGUUCUCCGAGCAAGGCAAACUGGAGAAGGUGGGUACCGGCUACACCUUCUUCUAGAGCGGUCACUCCAAGGCAGAGCGACGGGACGCGGGCGUCGCCUUUGCCAUCUGGAACAACAUUGUGGGACGACUGCCCUGUCUGCCGCAGGUCAUCAAUGAUCGCCUAUGA